CCAUGACCAAGGACUCGCCUAACCCUUCCGGUGGCAGCCGCGCGACACCCAAGAAGCUGGCUAGUCCGGGCCCAACGGCAGCGGUGCUGGAGGAGCAGAAGCGGGAGCUGGAGAAGCUGCGGGCCGAGCUGGAGGAGGAGCGAGCGCGCGGGAGGGCGGAGCGGAGGCGCUUCGCGGCCGAGGCGCGCCAGCUGCGGGAGGCAGAGGAGCGGGAGCGGCAGCAGCUGGUUGACCAUCUGCGCUCCCAGUGGGAGGCACAGCGCUGUCGGGAGCUGCGGCAGCUGCAGGAGAAGGUGCUGAGGGAGCGCGAGGCCGAGAUCCGGCAGCUGCUGCGUUGGAAGGAGGCCGAGAUGCGGCAGUUGCAGCAGCUGCUGCACCGCGAGCGCGACGGCGUUGUUCGCCAGGCGCGGGAGCUGCAGCGCCAGCUGGCCGCGGAGCUGGUGAACCGCGGCUACUGUAGCCGCGCGGGGGCGCCCAAAGUCGCCGCCGCGCAGUGUCGCUGUCGCCUGCAGGAAGUGCUGGCGCAACUUCGCUGGGAGACCGACGGCGAGCAGGCCUCGCGCAUCCGCCACCUGCAGACGGCGCUCGACGUGGAGCGACAGCUCUUCCUCAAGUACGUCCUGGAGCACUUCCGCUGGCACCCGGUUUUGCCCGGCACCCCAGAUCCCCAGGCUGUGCAUUCUUCGGAAGAGCCGCACCCCGAGACCGCCAGCGACUCUCACCGUCCCCCAAAGUCCCCCAAAGUUCGACUCGAAUCCCUUGAUGGCCUGAGCGCCAGCGUUCGCGUGCGCUCCCGCUCCCUCGAAAUGGUGCCCGCAGCGUGCUCCAACUCCCUUGACAGCCUGCUCCCCACGCGCUCCGGCUCCCUCGAUUCCUUGGCACCAGCGCGUUCCCACUCGCUCGACAGCAUUCUGAGUCGUCCCAAGGCCCCCGAAUCCGAGGAGCGUGCUUCCUCGGCAGACACUUUCAUCCUGGGCUUCCUGAGUCCCCCGCCGCCGCCGCAGUCGCUGUCACCACCGCUACCACCAUCGCAGCACAGGGGUCCUAGCGACCGGACAGGAGAAGACUCCGGGAGCCAGCCCUGCGAGGCCCUGGCCCUCUCGCCGCUGAGCCUGGAUUACCCAGAGCUGGUGAAGCAGAACUCGGAACUGUCCGAGGCCUUGCAGGUGCUGGCGCGCCGCUGCUCUGACCUGCUGGAAGAGAACACGCAACUGCGGCGCGCAGGUUUCCCAGACCCGGAGGUCGAAAAGGUGAAGCGGCUCAAGGUGAAGCACGCAGAGCUAACGGGCCUGGCCCGCCGCCUAGAGGACCGGGCCCGCAAACUGCAAGAAACCAACCUGCGGACUCUGAGCGCGCCAGUGCCCGGGGAGAGCCGCGUGGGCCUGGAGCUGUGCCAAGCCUUCACCCGCCAGCGCGCCCGGGACUUGUCGGAGCAGGCGAGCGCGCUGCUGGCUAAGGACAAGCAGAUCGAAGAGCUGCAGCACGAGUGUCACUUGCUGCAGGCGCAUGUCGCUUCGGGCCUCGGCAGCGCCCCGCACCCUAAUGGGGGCGCGGCCAGCGCCCAGUGGCUCAAAGUCAGCGACUUGGACCGGCUACAGCGUGAGUCCCAGCGCGAGGUGCUGCGCCUGCAGAGGCAGCUGACGCUGCAGAAGGCCACCCGCAGCGCCCGGGCGGAGCCGAGCGGCCAGAGCGCACCCUGCGAGGAGGCGCGGUGCCAGGUGCAGGCGCUGGAGCGCGAGCUGUCCGCGCGGAGGCAAGAGUGCCAGGAGCUGGGGGCCCAGGCGGCGGCGGCUCAGCGGCGCGGCGAGGAGGCGGAGGCACAGCUGCAGACCGCGCUUUGCGAGGGCGCCUGGCUGGCCAAGGAGAACGCGCGGCUGCAGGCACAAGCCGACUGGACGCGGAAGCUGGCAGCCGAGAACAACGACGUGCGCGAGCAGCUGGGCCGCGCGUGCCAGGAGCGCGACGCCACGGGCUUGCUGGUGGAGCAGCUGCUGCAGCAGGCGGCGCGCGAGCAGGACAAGCAGCAACAGCUGCAGCGUGACCUGCAGAAGGCACUGCGUGAUCUCGAGGCUGCCCAGGAGGAAAUGCCGUGUCAGCCUGGUCCCCAUCCCCAGGAACCCCCGGAGACCUCCCAAGCCCCGGAUUCCCAAGGCAGGAAGAGCAGAAGGACCAGGUUCCAGCCAGGGCCUGAAGACCAGGCAUCUCCACAGUCCAGCAGAGACAAACAGGAGGAGGACGCCUCCCUGCUAGAGAGCCCAGUUGCCCUCGGGGAGCCAGCCAGUGCCCCUCAAGGGCCGGGCAGAGUCCCAGCCAGCCAGCCUCUGGACUGCAGACCCCAGGCCAAGAAAACCAGCUCCCAGUCAAACUCCUCCUCUGAGGUGGAAUCUCUGUGGGCCACCGUGCCAUCUUGCCUUACUCUGGACAUGGACACAGCCAGUGAGGUGGAGGACCUGGAUCCCGACAGUGCGUCCUUGACCCUGGAAGUGGGGGACUCGGAGGCCCCCGCCGCCCCCAAGCUCAAAAUCUUCCUGGUUCGAUACAGCUACAACCCAUUUGAGGGACCCAAUGAGCACCCUGAGAGCGAGCUGCCCCUCACGGCUGGCGAUUACGUAUACAUCUUUGGUGAGAUGGAUGAGGAUGGCUUCUAUGAGGGGGAGCUGGAGGAUGGCCGGCGGGGCCUGGUGCCCUCCAACCUGGUGGUGCAGAUUCCAGACAACGACAUCCUUGGCUGCCUGCCCCCAGAGUCCUCUGACCCUGGCCCCGCUCCGCUCCCCGCUGGACAGGGCAAAGCUUCAAAGGAAGACAUUAGUCACAGCUUAUUGCCUGGGGAAGCUCAGGGAGCUGUGGUCGGGGAGACGUGCCAGAUGGUGAGGGCGGCGGCCUCCAAGACGGAAGCCGCAAUAGAGAUCUCAGAUGCCAAGACAGAAGAUGGCUGGCUGGGCUCACUGCAGAGCGUGGAGGAGCAGGGAUUCCCCAGAUCCCUUCUAGGGCCCAGAGGGGUCCCUUGUGUCGCCCCCAAACAACUACGCCUGCAGAAUGUUGCGGCCACGUCGGCCAAGAUCAUCUGGGUCUGCAGCAGCCGCCGCCGGCCACACGUGGUGUAUCUCAAUGACCGGAAGCACGCCCUGACCCCAGCAGGUGUGAGCAGCUACACCUUGCACAGCCUGCACCCCAGCACCCGGUACCGGGUGCAGGUGGAGGUGCAGCUGCCGUGGGACUCCAUGCAGGUGCGCUGGGAAACCAUGUCCUCCACUCUCACCUUCGACACGCCCUUGGCAGGACCCCCUGACCCUCCACUGGACGUGCUGGUCGAGCGUCACACCUUACCGGGCCUCCUGGUGGUCAGCUGGCUCCCAGUGACCAUCGACCUGGCCGGGUUCUCCAAUGGGGUCCGGGUCACCGGCUAUGCCGUGUAUGCUGAUGGGCUCAAGGUUGCAGAGGUCACUGAUGCCACCGCUGGCAGCGCCCUGUUGGAGCUGUCCCAGCUCCAGCUGCCCCUCAUGUGCCAGAAGGUCUCGGUGAGAACCGUCUCGCUCUGCGGCGAGUCGCUGGAUUCGGUGCCGGCUCAGAUCCCUCAGGACUGUUUGAACUGUAGCAGAUCGCCAGAGGCCUCUCCCUUUACGUACACCCGUGGCGACCGGUCCCCGUGCAGAAUCACCUUCCCCGUCUGCCCGCAGAGGUUGGCGCUGGCUCCACGGAGUGCCGAGGCUCGUUCCCACGUCCCCAGAAGCUGUGGGGCGUCCCUGGAAGCAUUCCCUGAAGAACCCCCGAGGAAGCACUCCCCGAUGCCCAACCGGAGCUCAGAAGGAGCAUGUCCGAGUGCAGGGGCGGGCAGCCAAACCCAGGGGCCUGCAGAGGCCUGGGGGGCCGGCGGAAAGGACCUCCCCUUUCGGAAGAGCCCUCAGAACCACAGGCCACCUCUGCACAGUGGCCAGUCCCAGGGGGAAGAAGACCGUGACUGGGACACCGGCCGAAGCCCUGCCCUGGGAGUCCUCCCUCUGUCUCCCGAGUGUGCCCGUCGGGAAAAGGCUGCCCUUGAGAAGGUCCUUAGGCAGCAGCAAGACGCCCAAGUGUUCACACCCCCCCAGAUAGGCACCCGCCAACGAUACGUGUCUGACCCCCAUGACAUUUUGCAGCAGCAGGAGGAGGAGGCCGUGUGCCUCGGCCCAUGGGCCACAGAGAGGCAAGAGCAGGGAAGGGAGCUUAGGACGCAGAGCAGGCGAGGUCAGGCUCUGUGGGGCAAGAGAGGGAGCCAGCUCCCCGAGCCCAGCUCUGCACCCUGUCCAGCUCCGUCCGGCAAAGCCAUGGCGGGGUCCGGGGGAGGCCCCCCGCAGCGGGAGGCGGGCCUGGACACCUCGGUCAGGGUCUUUGUGGCGCUCUUUGAUUACGAGCCCCUGGCGAUGUCUGCCAGCCCCGAGGCUGCAGAGGAGGAGCUGGCCUUCCAGAAAGGGCAGUUGCUGAGGGUGUGGGGCUCUCCGGACUCCCGAGGCUUCUACCGUGGGGAAUGCAACGGUCAAGUGGGCCACAUCCCUGGGCAUCUGGUGGCUGAGGUGGAGGAAGGUGUGGGGAGGACUGAUAGGAGGUGGCGUUUGCCAAUGCAAGGGCACCUGCCCUCUGUGGCCCACCUAGAUGAAAUUGGGGGGCUCCCCACACCCCAGGACUCCUUUCCCCUGCCCCAAGGGAACCCCAGGAGGCCUCCACUGGGCACUCGAAUGACCAUGAUGGCAGCUCUGGACUAUGACCCCAAGGACGGGUGGGCAGGGGGCCAGGCGAAGGGCAAGCUGUCACUGAAGGCUGGGGACCUGGUCACAGUCUACGGGCCUGUGGAUGACAGGGGAUUCUAUUAUGGGGAGUCAGGCGGCCGCAGAGGUCUCGUCCCAGCCCACCUGCUGGAUUACAUGUCCCUCCAUGAUGAGUGAGCAAGGCUAUCCGGGGCGGGGGGUGGGGGAGGGGGUGGUGGCCUCUGGCCGCCCACGCCCCGCCGGAGGAGAAGCAAGCACACAGGCCCUUUCACCAGCACCCCUCCUCGCCUCCAAGAGCACCACCGUGUGAAGCCCAUGGCAGCCUUCCGCACCCCCUAGCCUCUCAGAGCAGCAGGGCUUCCGCCUGGACUCAGAUGUUCCCCGAAGGAAACAGGAGCAAGCAGCCCCUGGCGUGUGACAGGCUGGUUCGGAGUGGUCAGUAACUACGACAGGUGUUGGGAGAAGUGCCUUUCUGUGCUGAUUCAGCGAUUUCUUUAAGAGGUGCACAUUAUCCAUCCAUGCUUAUGUAUGACAGUCUCAAGGAAAGCUUGCCUCUUAAAAAAAAAAAGUGACCAGAAUGUUAUUUUUCUGUCUUAUGUUCAACCCCGCA